AAUCGCAAUCCUCAGGACAUCUUCUUCUCCUCCUUUUGGGGCCUUUACCUGGCAUUGUGUUUCCUCCUCAGUCGCACACCCAACGAUGUUGGCAUCAUUCGACUGCUCUUCAUCCACAUCACCGCAACAAAUAACGUCGAUCAGAGAUUGCCCUCUACGUCGUCUCAAUCUCAUCUUCGCUACCUUUUCCAACGAGUUUCUCAAUGUCUUCAGAAUCUCUUCAUUGUGAAGACUGGUCUUGAGUUUUCACACUGCCAUCGACAACGGCAUCAAAAGCAGCGGCCAUGGAAGCGAGGAACUGCUAGUUCGGUGACUUUCUACGAUCAAAAAAGUGGCGACGAGGAAUGUGAACCGGCCUCCUGGUUUCGUGCUACAAGUAGGCGACAAGGGCAACAAUCUCAGCCCUCGCUGUGGCCGAUGGAAUCUUGCGGCGGUACGGAGCGAUCGCUGUCAUUACAACUCUCCUCUUCGUUGACGCCUCCACCGCUGCCGAGGGUGUCAACACCAGAGUUGUUGGUGUCGUCUCCGUUCGAUGAUGGGUUGACGGAUGACGAAUUCAUGACAGUGGCCUGCGAGUCGGGCAGCGGUCGGCAGUCCCUAGGUUCGGUACAUUCCACAAGCAACCUUCAACUGCCACCCUCACGCUGCCGUCGUGCCUCCUCUUCCGUCCUCUCUCCUGUGCCUGAAGGAGUCUCUCCGCCUCCCUCUCCACCUCCUCCCCUUUCCACUACCCCUGGCAUCGAUGUACCAUCUUCAUCCGACAUCCAUGACCCUCUGCCAGGUCGAAUAAUUGCUGCCAUGCUGAUUCGCGUGCGCAACGACCUCAUUCUCAUCAUUAUCUGGGCUAUCCUCGGUUUCGCAGUCCACGUGAGUACGGUGUUCACCGUCCCGAUCCUCCAGCCAACCCUCCCACGUCUACUCACCUGGCUCCUUAUCGUGUGGGGUUUUGCACUGCAUUACGUAUGGCCGCAACUUCGAAAACCCUUUCCCUGGCUCCUCUUGGCGCGUCCCAUUUGUCCACCCGCGGCGGACGGACGAGUGACAGCCUUUGAAAUCGUAUAUCACUGGUGCCAUUGGUUGGAAAGAUUUUUUCUGGUGCCUGCUGUAACCAUGGCUACUGCCACGAAGGCUCUGAUUCCGUUGGGCGCGAAAUUUGGAAAUAUGUGA